GAGGACUAUUAUCCAUAUCCUGUUUUCCUCGAAUGUUCAGACAUUCUCUCAGAAGAAAAUAAGAAGAAAGUUGAAAAUUAUUUUAAGAUUAAACGCAAGUCAGGAGGAGGAGAGUGUGGACCAGUAACAACUGCAGCCGAUGAGACCUACAGUAUCGCUUUCAGACAUCAAAGAGACCAACAGGAAGUCCUAAUGAGACGUGAGCACACAGUGGAGCUGCCCUCAGGUCCUCUGGUCUUUAUUGUCACAGACAAACCAGUAUCUUCUGACUCUUCCAGCACCAGCGUCUCCACAGCUCCAGUAGAGAGGGCUGUGUCAAACGAAAACGACUGGGACAGCAUCAACACUGGUAACAGAAGUCCUCCUGAUGAGUCUGACGCAAGAAGAGUUGUGAUUGUUGGGAAAACUGGAUCUGGGAAAAGCAGCCUCGGAAACACCAUAUUUGGAGAAAACAAGUUCACUGCCUACUCUGGUGCUAACUCUUGUCAAAGUCCUUGUCAGGCAAUAACUGAUUCACUCAAUGGGAGAAAAAUGACUUUGAUUGAUACACCAGGUUUCUUUGAUACAGAAAUGCCUGAAGAAAAACUGAAGGAUGAAAUACUGAAGUGUAUCAUAGAGUGUUCGCCUGGGCUGCAUGCCUUCCUCAUUGUACUUGAACUAGGACGUUUCACAGACCAGGAAAAUUACAUUAUUAAAAAAAUUACUGAAUGGUUUUCUGAACAAGUCUUUGCAUUUGCAACAGUAGUUUUUACUAAUGGUGAGGAGCUCCCUGAAGGGCAACACAUCAAAGAAUAUGUUAGCAAAAACGAAUCUUUGAUGGAAAUAGUAACAAAAUGUGGUGGUCGGUGCCAUGUUGUAGAUAAUAAACACUGGAACAAUCAUUCUGUUGAGACAUAUAGGAACAACGCCUUCCAGGUGAAGGAGAUACUCAAAUCAAUUGAAGACACAGUGAAGCAAAACAACGGGAACUGCUAUACCAAUGAGCUUCUGCAAACAUUGGAGGAAAUGACACAACAUGUAGCGCUUGCAAUUGUUCAUGAAGAACAGCAAGAUGUUUAUGUACCGGUUGUUCAUGAAGAACAGAAAAAUGAUGGAAAGUACUGUACCAAUGAUUUGCUGCAAAGAGAGGAGGAAGUGACACAACCGUUUCUUCCUGAAGAACAAGUUGCAAGAGAAGGAAUCAUGAAGAGAGCUAGAAGAAGAAUUUGUGAGAUUUUAAAGAAAGUAAAUGACAUUACAACAGAUCUUCUAUUCAAAGCCUUUCGUGGUGCAGAACGAGCUAUUAAGACUAUUCUUGACUUUUUAGCAACUGCCUACAAGGCACAGAAACAGUAGGUUCAGCAGCAGAUGGAACAAUUGUUGGAGCUGCUGGUUUCACAGUAGCAGCAGCAGCAGUGGCAGGUUUAAGACCUUCUUCCACUUAGCAAUAAUCUGACCUUAAGCUUUGGGGAAAUAAUGUAAUGGUGAGAUGAGACUUAUUGCAAAUUAUAAGAUGUUUUUCAGACAGCUGAUUUACUAAUUAAUUUGGAAGAAUGCCCUAAUUUGAAAAAUUACUCUGACUUUUUUCAAAUUAGGGCAUUCUUCCAUAUUCCAAAGUCACCAUAAAACUUGUUUGGGCGACUCUACUAAUCCUAGUUGGAGCAAUAAGAUUCAUUUAUGUGUGCAGAGAGUCAAAGCCUUUCAUCUUCCUCAGUGUGAUCAAGACUAGGAGAAGCCAUAUUGAAUUUUCUUUUAAGCAACAGCGCCCCCUUCUGGGUAUUUUAUUUUUGUGGCGGAAAGCUUUGUUCCCUCCUCCACCUCAAGACCUAGCUGAAAUAUGAGAUGAAAAUCUUGAUUCAUGCUUUAAAAAAUUGGAUUUUAAACCAAAUUAUGUAUAUUUUUAUCCCAUGUUUCAGGGUGGAAACAUCUAAAUACCUCAAUCUGAUAGAACUCCCUGUGAAUCACAGAUGGUAGCCAUUGUUCAAACCUGAAUCUCAAAAGGUUUAACAACAAAACUUAUCUGUCAUUGCAAAGGGUUAAAUAUAAAUUGAAUAUUUUUUUUAUUUAAUACUAAAUAUUUCAAUAAAUAUAUCAAAUAUAUAUCAAGUAUAUCUGCCAUAUUAAGGCUCAAUAACAUGUGAUCUGCAUUUAGACUUAUUACAUUUUAGCAAUUUCAUUUUGGUUCAAUAUUUGGUUCUUCAUAAAUAAUUAGUUUUGAUGUGUUUAGAAUGAAAAUGGUAAUGUCUUGUUUAUACUGAAUAUUUAGGUAUAUGAUUUAUGUACAUUUUUCACUCCGAUCUAUUAAAUCAAUUGUAUUAUUCAUUGCAAUAACUUUACAUCCAGUUCCAGAUUCUGUCUGUCCUGGUAAAGAUAAAAGAGUUGAUCUGUGGCAUUUGUUCAUCAUUUUCUGUUAUGCAUUGACAGAACCAGGCAGUUAAUAAUAUUAAUAUAACAUAUAUAUUCUGUGUGAUUUGUUUUGCGUAUAUCUCACUGAAAAAAUCUUAAGAAAAAUUCUCAUUUGAAUUUUGUGUUUGAAAAUAUCCGAGAAAUCAUUCCGGGACUUGUUGGAUAAAAGUUCAGGACAGACAAGAAGUUUGAUGCCAACCUGUCAACAACCAGUAGAAAAAGUCCAGGUAUUAUUAAUGUUUUUACUCAUGAAAUCAAAAAGUUGUGACUGCUGUGAAAGUCAGAAUUCGCUUAAUCCUGAAUUGAAUUGUUUUUAUUAUCUGUGCCACACCUUACAUGUUUGUUCAUUUUUUAUCAUUUAUCUGUCUUUCUGUAUUCCUGAAGAGAUGGAACAAAUGUAAUAAAUGUCAAGUAUCAAAAA